AUGGAACCAUCAAUAAAUUCUAUACCACCUGUACCUUCUAAAAUGAGAUGGGGCAUGAAAAUUAAACUUUUAUGGGCUGCAAUUGGAAUAAGUGCUGGUCUUAUGGCUGGACCAAUUUUUGAAAUACAUUAUCAAAAUCAUGCUGUAUUAAUUAUAGCAUUAUUUUCAUCAAUUGCUGCAUCAAUAUUAUUUUAUAUCCAUUUAAGUUAUCAUAAAAGAAAUAUUUGGAAAUGGAAUUCAAAAUGUUUUAAAAUUAUUAUAUAUUCAAAUAUUAUAUUAUGUAUAUUAUGUUUAAUAGGAUGUAUUACAUGUUUAAUUAUAGCAGGUAUAAAUAAAGAAACAGUAACAACAGAAGGUUUAAAAGGAAAUAAUAGGUGGAUGAUGGCAGUAUGGUUAUGGAUGAGUUUUAAAUGGACAAUGAUGAUUGCUAUUUAUACACAAAAAUAUUCACAAAAAGUAAUUGGAUCACUUCUUUAUUCUCAACCAAUUUAA